AUGGAAAGACAAGACAUAAACCAUAUGUUAAGCCUAGAUGUCGAAAACAACAACAACAACACCACCUUCUCUUCCUUUGUUGAUAAAACCCUAAUGAUGAUGCCUUCAUUAACCUUUUCGGGAGAAGUUGAGCCUUCGUCCUCUUCUUGGUAUUUAGCAAGCUCCCAUAUGCAUGCGCUGCCUCCUGAAAAUGAUCAAAUAGGAGAGAAAGAGAAGAAGAAAGAGAAGGAGACGAGAUCGAGGAAAGUUCCAAGGAUUGCGUUUCAUACGAGGAGUGAUGAUGAUGUUCUUGAUGAUGGUUACCGUUGGCGAAAGUAUGGUCAGAAAUCUGUCAAGAACAAUGCCCAUCCAAGGAGCUAUUACAGAUGUACGUACCACACAUGCAACGUGAAGAAACAAGUGCAGAGAUUAGCAAAAGACCCAAACGUCGUCGUAACAACUUACGAAGGCAUUCAUAAUCAUCCUUGUGAGAAACUCAUGGAGACUCUUAAUCCUCUCCUCAGACAACUGCAGUUCCUCUCCAGUUUUUCCAGUCUCUGA